AUGUCUCAGAACGACUCCAAGGCGGUGAUCCCGCUCAUCAUCAACAAUGAAUCCGUCGUGACCGAUAUUAAGUUCGAGGUCCACGCCCCCGCCACCGGCGAACUGUCCAGUUACUGUGCUGGUGCCUCGGUUGACGAUGCGGUGCGCGCGGUCGACAGCGCAAAGGCAGCCUUCCCGGCCUGGAGCAAGACCAAGGCUUAUGAUCGCCGUGAUAUUCUCCUCAAGGCCGCCGAGAUCAUGAUCUCGCGCAAGGAGGAGCUCAUCGCAUACCAGCGCGAGGAGACUGGUGCGGGGCGGCCCUUUUCCGAGCACACCUUCAACAUGGGUGACUUUGCGGGCCGUAUUUCCACCAUCGAGGGUGUUGUUCCUAGUGUGACCUUGGAUGGCGAAGGUGCGAUGGUUUAUAAGGAGCCCUACGGUGUGAUUUUGUCAAUUGCCCCCUGGAACGCUCCUUUCAUCCUAGGCACUCGCGCAGUCGCUCUCCCCCUCGCUGCCGGUAACACUGUCGUCCUUAAGGGUUCCGAGCUCUCGCCUAAGUGCUUCUGGGCCCUCGGUGAUAUCUUCCGCCAGGCUGGUCUUCCUGAUGGAUGCUUGAACGUCAUCUUCCAUCAGACUUCCGAUGCUGCGGCCGUCACGACCGCCCUUAUUGCUCACCCUGCCGUUCGCAAGGUCAACUUCACUGGCAGCACCAAUGUCGGUUCCAUUAUUGCCUCGACUGCUGGCAAGUACAUCAAGCCCGUUCUUUUGGAGCUAGGCGGAAAGGCUUCCGCGAUUGUCUUGGACGAUGCAGACCUCGAUAAGGCUGCCAUGAGCUGCGCACUUGGAUCAUUCAUGCAUUCUGGGCAAAUUUGCAUGUCCACUGAGCGCAUCGUUGUGCAGCGUGCUAUUGCCGACGAGUUCCGUCAGAAGGUCGCCGCCAAUGCCGAGAAGCUCUUCGGCAAGGAUGCUCCAGCUUUGGGACUUGUUAACGCUGCUGCCGUCACUAAGAAUAAGAAGCUCGUUUCAGAUGCCGUUACUCGCGGUGCCAACAUCCUUUUCGGAGACGCUAGUGCCAAUGAGUCUGUCAACACCUGCAUGCGCCCUAUUAUCGUCGAUGGAGUCACCAAGGAGAUGGACCUGUAUGCGACCGAGUCUUUCGGCCCCACCGUGUCCUUGAUCGUCGUCGACACCGAGGAUGAGGCCAUCGCGGUGGCCAAUGACACCGAGUACGGCCUGACUGGCGCCGUCUACACUCAAAACUUGUUCCGCGGUCUUCGUGUCGCCAAGCAGAUCGAGUCUGGUGCCGUUCACAUUAACGCCCUGACCGUUCACGAUGAGCCUACCCUGCCCCACGGUGGCUGGAAGAGCAGCGGUUUCGGCCGCUUCGGCGGUGUUGCCGGCUAUGAUGAGUUCCUGCAGACCAAGACCGUCACCUGGAUGGAAUAA